UAAAAGCGAAUGCCUGGAGAGAGAGAGAGAGAGAGAGAGAGAGAGAGAGAGAGAGAGAGAGAGAGAGAGAGAGAGAGAGAGAGAGAGAGAGAGAGAGAGAGAGAGAGAGAGAGAGAGAGAGAGAGAGAGAGAUUGAGAGAGAGAGAGAGAGAGAGAGAGAGAGAGAGAGAGAGAGAGAUUGAGAGAGAGAGAGAGAGAGAAAGAGAGAGAGAGAGAGAGAGAGAGAGAGAGAGAGAGAGAGAGAGAGAGAGAGAGAGAGAGAGAGAGAGAGAGAGAGAGAGAAAAUGCAGUUGUUAUGUGAGGAGGCUGCCACGGCAGCGCGUCGAGACCACCGCGGCAGUACGACGCGGCCGGCGGCACGACGACGCCGCCACAGCAGCACAACGAGGCUGCCAUGGCAACGCGAGAGAGAGAGAGAGAGAGAGAGAGAGAGAGAGAGAGAGAGAGAGAGAGAGAGAGAGAGAGAGAGAGAGAGAGAGAGAGAGAGAGAGAGAGAGAAGAGAGAGAGAGAGAGAGAGAGAGAGAGAGAGAGAGAGAGAGAGAGAGAGAGAGAGAGAGAGAGAGAGAGAGAGAGGAGUGCACGGCGGAAGCCAAAUAAGAAGUUCCAGCAGGUUGAACCUGCUUUGAUACCAUGUUGAAGUAGCUAGGUAGGAGGA